AUGGUUCUGCUGAAAGUAUUCCUCGUGCUUUGCUUCGUGGCGUAUGGAACGUCACUCAAUGCAUAUUCAGAUGGGGACGCUGGGAGCAACAGCCAUAUAAAAAUGAUAGAACCCCGUGGAAUAUCUGUUAAAGGUUGGGCUCAUCUUGAACUUUACUUUCUCUUUGAUAAAGCGCACAAGGAACGUGUACAACGGGAGAGUAAAUAUUUAAAAGGGUUUGUGGAAAAUAUGAAUGAAAUAUUUGACACUCAGAGAAAUAUACUUCGUGUAACGUUCACUUUUCUAAAGGCCAGCGUGUGGAAUCCCGGCAAGCAAGCUCACACAUCAGAAGGAAGUCUGAAUGCUGAAGUGCUAAAAAGGCUACUGAAGAAACAGGCGACCAUAGUAGAGAAGAAAUGGAACAAAACGCACCCCUAUCAACCCAUUAGUGCCGUUAUCUUUGUUACCACGAAGAAAAUUAUGAACAAAACAGCAAAUCGUCCAACCGGCAUCAAUGGAGGAAUCGGAAGAAUUUGUCUGACUGGAGAGAAUGUGGUUGCAGCGACAGAUGACGGCGACUACAGCGGAGUCAGGGAAGUUGCUCGUCAGCUAUCGAGUCUCAUGGGUGCUGUGUAUGACGGCGAGGGUCCUUCAGGAGUCGUGAGGGGAAGUGACGGUGCACCAGACUGUGACCCUAGCGAUGGAUUUCUCAUGGGUCAAUGGAAAGACGAUGGGAACAGCUUUCGCUUAUCUAGAUGCAGUCCACACGAUUUCGUGAUGGGACUGAGACAACGUGGGCCGGGAUGUUUCGGAACUCCAGAAGUAAAGAGAAAGCUCUUCAAAUCUACGAAGUAAUAGCACUUG